CACUCAUCUAUUUCUUUUGAAUCAUUGUAUACUAGCUAGCUAGCUAGCCAGAGCUUGUAUGGCCACUGCUCAUCAUGCGGAUGACCAUCGUGCAGGGAGAAGAAGCGAGGCCGUCGGAGAGAACUACAUGAGGGGCCUCUACGGCGACGAUGACUACAACGCCACCCACUACGGUCACCAGCAGCAGCAGCGGCCGCCGCCCGCGCCCAUGGCGGUGGCCAAGGCGUUAGCCACAGCCACGGCAGCCUUCUCCAUGUUGUUGUUGUCGGGGCUGGCGGUGACGGGCACGGUGCUGGCGCUCAUCGUGGCGACGCCAUUGAUGGUGAUCUUCAGCCCCGUGCUGGUGCCGGCGGCCAUCACGGUGGCGCUGCUCACGGUAGGCAUCGUUUCGUCGGGAGGGUUCGGCGUGGCUGCGGUGGCUGUGCUGGCGUGGGUGUACCGCUACCUUCAGACCACGACCUCGUCGUCGGGUCAGCAGCCGCACAUCGUCAAGGACUGGGCGCAGCAGCACCGUCUGGAGCAGACACGCGCGCACUGAAAUAAAAAAAAGCGUAGUACCCCUCCGUUUCUUUUUAUUUGUUGCUGUUUAGUUCAUAUUUGUCACUGUUUCGUUAAAAAUGAACUAGCGGGAUAACGAGAACGGGAGGUAAUAUAGCUUUUCAUUUAAUGUAAUGUAACGUAAUCUUAUGUUUGCAGCAGUAAUAAUGUGUAUUAUAUAUUUGCAGCAAUAAAAGGGCGAGCUCGAUCGACCCCUCUACGAAUAAA